AAACGAUUGAUCGGUCGACGAUUCGAUGAUCCGGAUGUGCAGAGGGACAUGAAAGUUGUACCGUUCAAGAUCGUAAAGGCAUCAAACGGGGACGCAUGGGUUGAAGCACAAGGCAAAGUCUAUUCACCGUCACAGGUAAAUUCGUUUGUCUGA